UGAUUUUAGAAAGUCAUUUAGGCGAUGUGGUCAAAAGAACAUUAAUAGCCACUGCACAUGUAUGUAUGGACCAUAUCAACGCUACGGUGGAUGACUUGGAACAUCUUCGAGAAGAACCGCCAUACCCUGAGAAGUCAGCUUGCAUUAUCAAGUGCUUAUUAGAAAAGAUUGGCGUAGUGAAGAGCAACAAAUAUUCCAAGACUGGUUUCAUGGCCGCAGUGACGCCCCUAGUCUUCACAAACAAAAAGAAAUUGGAACACAUGAAAACAGUGUCGGAGAAUUGCGACAGAGAGGUAAAUCACAAACACGAGACACCGUGCCAACUCGGGAACGAGGUCACAACAUGCAUCUUUAAAUACGCUCCCGAGCUGCAUUUCAAGUCUUAAGAAUGUUAAGAUUCGCAAGCUGACAGCACGUUAAGAUGUAAUGUGUUUAAAGUGCAGAGAGUUAAAGCAGACAUCAACAUUUUAAUUUUAAUCAAAGACCAGGGCAAAUCUUAGUUUGUCUUUUGUUAUUUCCUAUGUCUGGAAUUUAUAAGACAGCAGAUAUAUAAUUUGUUUUCGUUUAUUUGCGUACGAACCUCCUAGACUGGUACUAAGAAGUUUUUACUCCACUAGAUGAAUGCUUUGUUUGUUGAAACCAUUUACCCAAAUAUUGUUUAAAAAUAGAUAUGAUUAAAAUGAUUACAUUUUUGAUAAACAAAUUAUGUUUCCCAGAUUUACAUAUUGUCAUUGUUUUCUGUAUAACAUUUGUUUUAAUUAUCUGUCUGAAAUUUAGGAAAGCACAUUGUAAGUAACUAAUUGUUUUACUUAGUACCUAGAUGUUAAUAAAAGAAAAUGAGAAUUAAAUAUCGUUAAUUGCUAUUCGAAUUCUUCCUUUAUAUUAACCAAACUGGAUGGUUAGAGUCAAACGCUCACAAUUUAUCACAGCAAGGAGGCUAUACGUCUUAGCUCGAUAAGGCACUGAAUAGAUCACGGUAGCAUCCGCUUUGAUGAUGAACGCACACACAUAAGGAAAUGUCAAAGGUCAAUUACUCAUGGCACAGUCACCUAGCUUCUGGGUGAUUCUUCGGUUUUUCCGAAGAAUCACCCUAGUCAUACACUAGUUAAGGUCAUAUCAUUAUCCUC